CGGAAAGAUGCCGUGGGCCGGCGAGUUGUAAGGUCAGGGGGCUGGGAGGAGUCAUUGUGGCAGCUCCUCCGGUGGAGAUGGCGGGGGCCUUAGAAAAGAAGAAGCGGGUGCGCUUCGCCCGCCUGGAAGAGGAGCGAGACGACGAGGAGGAGGAGGAGGAAGAGUUGGUGGCGGCGGCGGCGGCGGCGGCCUCUGCGAAGGCGCGGGGCUCAGGCGCAAGCUCUGUUAGGGAAGCCCUUCAGCCGGGGGUGAUCGUGGCUGACAGGAGCGGCCGAAGAAGCUGGGCAGGAGGCGGUGGGCUCACCAAGCAGCAGCUCCCGGAAGCGGCGGUGGCGGCGGCUUCGGCUCGCGCGCUGAAAUGGUGCAUUUCAGCGGUUCUUUGUGCCGCUUUCCUAGGCCUGGGUAUGGCCAUUGCUGUCUUAGGCCCUACCUUUCAAGACCUGGCUACAAACGUCAACAGAAAUGUUAGUCAAAUAUCUUACAUCUUCGUGGGCCGUUCAGCGGGCUAUUUUGGUGGUUCUCUGAUUGGUGGGGUACUCUUUGACUAUAUGGAUGCUCAGCUUCUCUUGGGAUUGUCUAUGCUGGGUACAGCCUUAGGUCUUUGUGUCAUUCCAUGGUGUAAGAAAGCACUUUUGUUGACAGCAAUGAUGUCUGUCAUUGGCUCUGCAAUGGGAGUCCUAGAUACAGGUGGCAACGUUCUUGCCUUGGCCACAUGGAAGGAGGAGGUUGGUCCUCAUAUGCAGGCUUUACACUUCAGUUUUGCCCUGGGUGCCUUUGUGGCUCCCAUCCUGGCCAAGAUGGCACUGAGUGGCUCUCCUACAGAUUCUGAGGUCCAUCUAAACAACAGUGCUGACAAUCAGACUUCUUUGAAUUCAAGUUCUUCUGAUCUUUUGGGGCUGAAGCUGCAUUUAAACAUGAACUUUGUGUGGUCUUAUGUUGUUAUAGCCUUUUAUCUCUUCAUUGUUGCAUUGAUUUUCUUCAUCUUAUACUUGAAGAAAAGUUAUAUUCGAGACAGAACAAAAGUUUCUGUGCAGAAAUACCGGUCUACCAAAUAUCAUUAUGCCCUCGUAAUUCUGCUUUCCAUAUUUUUUUUCUGCUACGUAGGAGCAGAAGUAACCUAUGGUUCCUAUAUUUUUACAUAUGCAAAAACCUUCAUUAAUAUGAAAGAGAGUGAAGCUGCUGGUUUGAAUUCUCUAUUUUGGGGAGCUUUUGCAGCUUGCAGGGGACUGGCAAUCUGUUGUGCCACAUGCUUCUUCCCUGGAACUAUGAUCUUGCUGAGUAUCACAGGCACUACAAUAUCCUCUUUGUUCCUGGCACUAUUCAGUACACACCCAUUCUCCCUUUGGUUUGGCUCUGCAGUGUAUGGUGCUUCAAUGGCUACCAUCUUCCCCAGUGGCAUUUCUUGGCUUGAACAGUAUACCACCAUUGAAGGGAAAUCUGCAUCCAUGUUUGUGAUUGGUGCUGCUAUGGGGGAAAUGUGCAUUCCUGCAGUGGUUGGCUUCCUUCAAGGACACUUUUCUUCUUUCCCUGUUCUUAUGUAUGCUUCUUUGGGAGCAGCGGCCAUGACAGCAGUACUGUUUCCUGUGAUGUAUAAAUUAGCCACAUCAUCCAUUGAUGCUAAGCUAAAUGAUCCUGGAGACAGUGAAGUCCAGGAAGCCUUGUUGUCCAGUUCUCAUCUUGAGGAAGAUGAAGAUGGCAGAGAAUGGAAUGAAGUAGACUUUGAAGUAAUUGAGAUGAAUGACACUCUGAGGAACUCUGUCAUAGAAACAUCCAAGAAGAUCCAAGGGGAGUCUUCAGCUGCCAGAUCUGGCCACCCUUCUUUAGGAAACACAACAUUAAAUUCUUCUCCUAUGACUGCUUUGAGCACCUCAAGACUAAAGAAGUCCAGUACAGACCAGGAUAAAAAUGAUUAAGGUGGUCUUCUAUAAAAUGAGAAUUUUAGUAGGAACUUUAUUCUAAAAUGUUUCAGCAAGUUAGUAGUUAUUGUUAAACUUGCCAAAUCCCAGUUAAGGUUCUUGGAUGUGUGUGAAAGCAAGUACCAAAGAGUAAUCAUGCAGUGGAGGGCAUUAUGGUGAAAUGCAGGGUUUUGCAAUGUUUCCCAAAUAUCACAUUGAAAUGAAGAAACAGGAAACUUUGAAAAGAUCACACUUGUCAUUGUAUAGGCAGUUUCAUAUGUGGAGCUUGUUGCAGGCUUUUUGAUCUAUGGCAACCAGAACAAUCUUUACUUAGUAAGCAUCACACCAUAGUUUAAAUCAGAAUUGUGGCUAUGAUAACGUUUCAGAACAUUGUGAAUGGUGUUCCUAAGACACCGAGUGCCAUUAUUAUCAAAAUAUACUUGCUGAGAUUAAUUUAGCUUGAACAACAGUCUCCAAUAAAAAGUUCUCUUAUUUUAAAAGUC